CUUCUGGCAAGGGGCACUGCAGAAGCCCUCUGGCACUGGCGCUUGAGACAGUGAGCGCAACCGGUAGAAGCAUGGUGAAGAAAGGCCUUCUGGAGAGGCUGCAGGAAGGCGUGGUCAUCGGCGACGGAGGGUUCGUCAUCGCCUUAGAGAAAAGGGGCUAUGUAAAGGGAGGACCUUGGACGCCGGAGGUGGUGGUCGAACAUCCCGAGGCAGUGAAACAGCUUCACCGCGAGUUCAUGCGAGCGGGGAGUGACGUCAUGCAGACCCUCACCUUCUACUCGACAGACGACAAACUCAAGUUGGGAGGCAAUGAAGCUGGGAAAAACUAUACGUGUUCCCAAAUCAACGACAACGCCUGUAGGAUCGCCCAUGAGGUGGCCCAAGAGGGAGACGUUCUUGUGGCUGGAAGUGUGACUCAGUGUCCCUCCUACACUGAGGGACUUGGCAAGGAGGCGGUGCAGGCGAAUAUCAAGACGCAAAUGAAAUCCUUCUUGAAGAAUAAAGUGGAUUUCAUCAUCGCUGAGUUCUUCAUGUAUGUGGAGGAAAUUGAGUGGGUCAUCGAAGAACUGUUGAAGAGUGGGUUACCAGUGGCCGCCACCAUGUGUAUCGGACCUGAGGGUGACCAUGCAGGGGUCAGCCCUGGUCAGUGUGCUGUUAGGAUGGCCCGCGCAGGAGCCAAUGUUGUUGGCGUGAAUUGCUUGUACGACCCAAUCAUUAUCAUCGACACCAUCAGGCUCAUGAAGGAGGCCCUCGACGCAGAAGGUCUCCGCCCCUUUCUCAUGACGCAGCCCAACGGAUUCUUCACCGAAGGCACAGACAAGUCGGGAUAUUUGGGCGUGGCAGAGUAUCCUUUCGCCAUGGAGUCACGGACGGUCACGCGGUUCGACGUGCACAAAUACGCCCGCGCGGCCUACGACUUGGGUGUGCGCUACAUCGGCGGCUGCUGCGGCUUCGAGGCCUACCACAUCCGGGCUAUCGGCGAAGAACUAGCCAAGGAGCGGGGCAGACUACCCCCUGCUAGCGACAAACACGAACCCUGGGGAGGAACUCUGCGACAGAGCGCGUUUCCGUAUAUUCGUGAAAGAGCCAGCGAAGAAUACUGGAGGAAUCUCGUUCCCUCCACAGGGCGCUCAGUUCCGCCAACGUAUCCUAUUCAGGCUCGGAAGACUUCGUAAGGGGACCUCCCUGUAGCACUGUCUAUUUUCCAGGUUUACAUUUCCUGGAAGGUGCUGAGUCAGUGAAUAAAAUUGUCUUUGAAAAAUAUGAGUGUAUGUGCAUGUAUGUCUAUCUAACUAGACACGCACAAACACACACACACAUACACAUACGCGCGCACGCACGCAUACACACACACACACACACACACACACACACACACACACACACACACACACACACACACACACACACACACACACACUUACUUAAUACUAGUCAGUUAUUUCACAUCUACUUCAAUAUUGUCAAAAAGUGAUUAGUUUUGAUGAGACAGAAGGAAAUGUGAUGACAUAAUUGUUUAAAUAGGUGUGGGAACUUGGAAAAAAGUAUUUGUUUCUGUUUCCAAGGCACGCAUAGUGUCUUGAUCUGGAGAAAUGGCACCUCCUCAUCCAUUGGUUUUCCUCUACUGUAGUACUUAUUUACUAAGUCAUACACAAUCGCACAUACCAAAAAAUACCCAAAUUGUAUUAAUCAAACACUGAAUGUCUCAGAUUUCUGUGGAGGUGUCCGACAGUAAUGCACCAAAACUUUGACAAAAAAAAGAAUCAUUAUCUAUUGACAGUGCAAUACAAUUAGAGAUCCCUGCCAAAAGGAUAAAAACCUGAUGAAGCCACCUUGUAAACUACUCAAGUGAGAUUGUCAUGACAGAGAGAUCAAACUCAGCUGUAACAAACAAAGCACGCUUUGUCUGCCUCCUCAGACUGUGCAGCUCAUGAGGACCGUAUGCCUAUGACAUGCAGGCUUUUAUCUCAAUAAACUUGUCAAAUAAAAAAUAAAUAAACAAAUAAAAUAAAACAAUAAAAAAAGAAAAAAAAUCGGGGUAUAGCAUCUCUUUUGACGUCUAUUCUACAGUGAUCAGAAAUUAUAUUCUGUAUAAUAUGUCAGAGAACUCGCAUGUGAAGGAAAUACACAAGAAUAAAGUGCAUCUGAUA